UUGAGCGGUGCCUCAGUGGAUAGGCCACGUCAGAUUCACCACUCGGCAACCACAUGGCACCCAUCCUGCCUGUCUUACCACGAGUGGACAGUAGGGGCAGCAACAAGUCUUUUAGCCUUACGUUUACUCGUGGCCAUUAAAAGUGAUAGGUAAAGUUACUCUACUCUAGGGAGGCUAGCUAAGUAGCUAACUUGCAGAUCAGCCAAUUCGGAAAGUUUUAACAGAGAGUUACGUUUUUAGUUGCACGUCGUUUUUAGACAAAUUGGUUAUAGCAAUGGCGUAUUUACUAAAUCGUAUAUGUUGAUGCUGUUGGCAGGCGUGUUGCAACUUCAAAUUGUUUACAAUCUGCUUGUCUUCAAUUCUUCGCUUUACUUUCUAUCGUUGGUAGAUUUUUAAAAACACGUUUUUCAAUUGUGAGGUAUAGAAAAAUCCUGAAAGGGAUUUUUCGUUACACGAUGUCUACAGAAGUUGUUGUCGUUGAGUCCGACGUGACAGGGAGUCGCUUAGGUGGAGAGAACCAAAACAACUCAGACGUCGACCGACCCCAGGAAUCCGAUAGAGCCAACCACGAGGAGGGGCACAGAGAUCUCAAAGUCGAUUCAAAACAUCAAAAACAGGGGAUCAUGGAAACCCUCGCCCCUGUCGACGAAAUAAACAAGGGUAACGUGAACAACAAAGAAAAUGACCAAAAUGCCACGAGCAAUAAUGCUGAUCCUCAUGAAAAAGCAAAGAAAAAAGUUAUCGAGGCACCUCCACCGAAGGUAAACCCGUGGACGAAGAAGAAUGCUUGCCCCUCCAACAAUCCAACAACUAGCAACAGUCAAGAGACAGAGCCGCAGAGUCCAGCCAAAGUGGUCCGCGCCGGAAAGCCUCGCUCCAGGAAAUCCAGCAAGUCCAGCGACUUCAGCGACAUCACAAACUGGCCCACCCCAGGAGAGCUGGCCAACAAAGAGCAGCAGAACCUGAUAAACUCUCAGGGGCGUAAGGGCCAGGGCCCGCGGCGUGACAAGAGACGAGGCUCGGACAGGAAGCAGGAAGUGGGCAGUGACGGCAGCGACAGCAAAGAGAACCGCGAGGCCCAGCAGGAGUCCGCCCCCAACCCGCCCACUGGGGACGCACCCGACGAGGGGGAGAGCUCUCAGCAUGCCGCCCAGCGCAGGAGAGGGGCUUGGAGGCGGGAGAACAAGGAGCUGAAUGACGACGCGUCGAGCGUGCGCAGCGAUGGCGGGAGUGUUCGCGGAGGACUCCGAGGCAGAGGGGGCAAAGGUCGCGGGCGCGGCAGAGGUCGUGGCCGAGGUCGCUAUGACUACUCCCACAGCUACCGAGAGUCGUACGGCGAGGGCUCCAACGCCCAGGGGCCAGCGGAGUUCGGCAACAACAACAUGAUGUAUUACUAUGACGACGGCAACCGCGUGCAGAUGUACUCCGUGGACGAGACCCUGCUGAAGGAGUACAUCAAGCGCCAGAUUGAGUACUACUUCAGUCUGCACAACCUGGAGCGGGACUUCUUCCUGCGGAGGAAAAUGGACGCCAAGGGCUUCCUGCCCAUCUCCCUCAUCGCCAGCUUCCAUCGCGUACAGGCCCUCACCACCGACGUCAGCCUCAUCGUUGAGGCCCUGAAGAACAGCACGGUGGUGGAGCUGGUGGAUGGGCAGAUGCGGUGUAAGGAGGACCCCGAGCACUGGCCCAUCCCCACCGCCCCCCUGGACACCCCCCGCACAGACUUCACCCAGCUCAUCAACUGCCCCGAGUUUGUGCCCCGACAGAGCCUCUCCUCAGUGUCGACCUCGCCCACCAAAACCAGCGAUGACAACGCAGAAUCCUCCGGCGCCUCUAAAGACCCAGGGACGGCAGCACCGGAACCGACCCCUCCGCCAGCGGACUCCUCCGCCCCGGCCGUGGUUCCGUCGGGUUCCACGGUGAAGAGCGCGGAGCCCAAAGGCCCGUCUGGCAGCACAGCGGGUCCGGGCGCAGAGGAGUGGGUCCAGGUGGAGAAGAGGCACCGCCACUCCUCAGGAAAGGCCAAGUCUGCUGAUGCCUCCUCUUUCCCCAAACCCACUGAGUCCAUCCCGUCUCCAGAGCGCGUGGAGCCGGCCCAGAGUGCACCGCGGCCCCAGGAGCCCGAGCUGGAGGAGCUGGACUUCAUGUUCGACGAGGAGAUGGAGAACCUCGGGGCGCCCCGCAAGAACACCUUCACCGAUUGGUCGGACGACUCUGACGACGAGCUGGACGACAGUGACGUCAACAAGAUCCUGAUCGUCACCCAGACGCCGCCGUACAUACGCAAGCACCCCCAGGGCGACCGGACGGGGAACCACGAGUCCCGCGCCAGGAUCACCGCCGACCUCGCCAACGCCAUCAACGACGGCCUGUUCUACUACGAGCAGGACCUCUGGCACGAGGAGGACCAGCCCGCAGACUGCGUCAGCACCAAGGAGGUGGAGAACUUCAAGAAGCUCAACGUCAUCACUCAGGACGAGUUCAAGACCUUCGCCCCGAAAACGCCCGUGGAUGCCACCCAGGAAGUUCCCCCACCUCCACCGCAGCCUGAGGAGUCCAGCAUGGCGCACUCUCUGCCCACAAUGGUGCCCGACUCCCCCGUGGCCCCGAAGACCCCUCGUACCCCACGCACGCCCGGGCGCCAGGACCCCAGCAAGAUGCCGCGCUUCUAUCCCGUCAUCAAGGAGACGGGCACCAUCGACCAGACCACGCCCAGGAAGAAGAAGACCCGGCACAGCUCCAACCCCCCCAUGGAGUGCCACGUGGGCUGGGUCAUGGACUCCAGAGAGCACCGCCCCCGAUCCUCCUCCAUCAGCAGCUCCAAUGCGUCCCCGUCCGAGGGAGCCCCAGCGUUGUCGGGGAGCUACGGCUGCACCCCUCAGUCCCUGCCCAAGUUCAGGCACCCCUCACACGACAUGCUGCGCGAGAACGGCUUCACCCAGCAGGUCUAUCACAAGUACCGCAGACGCUGCCUCAACGAGCGUAAGCGCAUGGGCGUGGGCCAGUCUCAGGAGAUGAACACACUCUUCAGGUUCUGGUCCUUCUUCCUGCGGGACAACUUCAACAGGAAGAUGUACGAGGAGUUCAGGCAGUACGCCGUCGAUGACGCCAAGGAGAACUACAGGUAUGGCCUGGAGUGCUUGUUCCGAUACUACAGCUAUGGGUUGGAGAGGAGAUUCAGACCUGACCUCUUCAAAGACUUCCAAGAAGAGACACUGAAGGACUAUGAAAAAGGUCAGCUGUAUGGGCUGGAGAAGUUCUGGGCAUUCCUGAAGUAUUCCCAGAUGAAAAAUCAGCCGAUUGAUCCCAAACUACAAGAACACCUCAACAAGUUCAAGACUGUUGAUGACUUCAGAGUUGUGCCCCCGAUGGGAGAGGAAGGAGGAAGGAGGAGACGACUCUCAUCCUCCGGCGGUGACGACGGGAGGCGAAGACGACACAACUCCAGCUCGUCCAGCUCCAAGCCCGUCCCCAGCGCCAAGAGCACCAAUCAGACCCCAGCUGCUGCCUCUGCCAAAGCCACCUCAGCCAAUCCCAGCGCAGCCCCAUCAAAGAGCACCAAUCAGACCCCAGCUGCUGCCUCUGCCAAAGCCACCUCAGCCAAUCCCAGCGCAGCCCCAUCAAAGAGCACCAAUCAGACCCCAGCUGCUGCCUCUGCCAAAGCCACCUCAGCCAAUCCCAGCGCAGCCCCAUCAAAGAGCACCAAUCAGACCCCAGCUGCUGCCUCUGCCAAAGCCACCUCAGCCAAUCCCAGCGCAGCCUCAGCCACGGGCAAGACCCCAGCGGCCAGUGCCACCACUACCACAGCCACUUCUGCCGAUAAAAAAACUGCGCCUUCAAACACCAAGACCUCCGCCAGCGAGUCUGCGGGCGCCCGCGCUGGCCCGAAGCGGAGCUCCUCCUCAGAGCCCCGUCGGAAGGAUGCCGCCAAGCCCCGAGACGGGCAGCCGCCACAUAAAUGACCUCCCUCUCCAGGGAAACUCGGCCUUAGUUAGUGGUUUUUCCACCCAGGGAUGCGUCUUGACCUGCGACCCUUACCUGUUCGCCGUUAACUCUUUCUGGUAGCCUCAGCUUGAGCAUCAAAGCAGGCAAGAGACGUAAGGUUAGCUUUAGCCGUGUCCACCCCCCUAACGUUUCAGCUGCGGCGCCAGUCCCUAAACACAGUCCCAUUCUCAACUCUUGUGCUGUUUUUAGGAUGUUAACUUUGUGUCAAAGACGAUGUUUAAAUCACGUCAUUGCACAGUAUGAACAGUUUUUGUUGUUGUUGUUGUUUCUUCAACAGGAUUUUCAAUCAGGCACCGACUGUAAUGAUCAGGAAAGGUGGCCCUAAUCACGUUAUUUUUUAAUUGUAAAAGUUUACAGAAAAUGCAUUCCUGCAUUGAAGGCAUUUCUUGUUACUUUUGGAAGGAUGCCUUAAACUUUAAGAAAAAAAAAAAGAAAAAAAAAGGAUUUAUCAACAACUACUUAACCCAUAUCAGGAGGCAGUGGCUCUGCCUCUAUGUUUGUUGCAAUAUAUGUGUGCCAAGUCAGUUAUAUUACAAUCUAACAAUUGAACUUCUCUAAAACAUUUGAAAUGAGUCAUGACGCUGGGAAAUCUCCUCGAGACACUAUUCACCACAUCCAGUGUAGUGCUUUCCUCUUAAGGAUUAUGACAUAUUGGGAUAAAAUGCUGUGUAAUCACUUUUACAGCCUACGCCUGUAAUAAUUAUCGCAAACAUCACAGAAAAGGAAAAUAUAUAUAUAUAUUUUGAAUGACUGUCAAGGUAUACAAAAUGGUGGAGGUUGAUCAACGGAAAGGUGUGUCUGAAGCUAUGACCCUUAUAAUCUGAAAAAGGAAAGGAAAAAUGAAAAAAAAAAAUCCUAUUAUGCUGUUUGCAUUGUGUGGCUGCUUUCUGGGCAAAGAUACCUGUCCUUUUUAGUUAAGAGUUGUUUCGGGACGGGCAUGGGACUGGGUGGGGGUGUCAGCAUAUUAUUGAUUUUACUUAAAUUAGAAAGUGUCUGUGUACUUGAAGAUUUUUUUUUUUUUUAAGAAAUUAUAUCUUUUUAAAAAGAGGAAUUGUAUUUCCACAAAGUUUUGAAUUCUAUUUGGAAGUGAGAUAAUUUAUUGUUGUUGUUUAUUGUGUUUAUUUGAUCUGAAUGACGUUAAUAGAAAGGAUCAUAAUUUUUAAGCCUUGCAUUUAUUUGAAUUGUAGAAGCAGUAGAAACCGUACAUGACCGCCAGUGGCAUCCUCAAUUGUGUGUUUGCUUUCUCUAGCCGGGAGAUACAUACGCUUCUGUCUUUAAGAGCCUAUACAAGUCCUGAAUGUAACAUAUUUAGUCAUGAAAAACUGUACAUAAAAAUGAAUUAGAAAUAGCGUUCUUUUGAUUUGAUGUUAAUUUUAUUUUAUUGUUUUCAUUAUUUUAGUAUUUGUGUGUGUGUGUGUGUGCGCGCGCGCGCGCGCGCGUGCGUGUGUGUGUGUGUGGCUUUAGUGUUGGUAUGCAUGUUUUGUUUUUUUUUCCUUUUGUGAACUGUAAAAUGUAAAAAUGCAUAUAAAAUUAUAAAACCCAA